CAUGUUUUGCUACCAUUAACUCGUUUUGCUACCAUUGUGAGUUUGAUCUAUCAGGAUUCUUCUCUUGUGCCUAAUAAUGUUGCAAUGCGUGUGGUGGUCGGUCUAGUCUAGUUUAGAUCUUGUUUGGUUCGAAGAUCACAUCAGCCUUGAUUGUAUCUUGCUUACGAUUGCCAUUAUUUCUUUCACAAAAUAAAUAAAUAGUGAAAGAACAUCAAAAUCAAACAUGCAAGUAUCACCUUUCUUUCAUCUUGGCUGCAGUAAACGCAACAGAUAGAUGGCAAACAACACACAAACAACUGAUGUAUCAGGAGGACGGUCACGGAUGGACCAACGGAUCCUAGAAGCAGCCACCUGUGGUGAUUCCUCGUCAAUGAAAGAGUUGGCCAAGAAGAAUCCAAGCAUUCUGCUUGGAACAAGCCCACAAGGGAACAACUGCCUCCACAUCUCCACCAUCCAUGGGCACAAAAAGUUCUGCAUGGAUGUGCUGGAACUAGAGCGGUCUCUCCUUUCAGAUGUCAACUGCGAGCAAGAGACGCCGCUUGUCAUCGCUGUUACACUUGGCCAUGCCCCUUUGGCUUCAGAUUUACUCAAGUGCUGCUGCAAAGAAGAAGAAUUGAGGCGGAUAAUCUUGCAACAGGACAGGUAUGGAUUCAACGCACUCCACCAUGCCAUUCGCAACGGCCACCAGAAACUCGCGCUGGAGUUGAUAGAAGCAGAGCCAGCCCUGUCGAAAGCCGUGACCAAGUACAAUGAGUCGCCCAUGUUCAUGGCCGUGAUGAGGAAUUUUACAGAUGUUUCCGAGAAGCUAUUGGCCAUUGCUGAUUCUUCUCAUGUGGGAAAGUAUGGCCGCCAUGCUCUUCAUGCUGCAGCUAGAAAUGGAAAUCAAUAUAUUGCGGGCGAAAUUAUGGACAAACGUCCUCUCCUGGCCAGAGAAGCUGACUCGGAUGGGAUUACUCCAAUAAGAAUGGCUAUAACUUACGACAAGUCUGACGUGCUGUGCAUAUUGCUGGAAUAUGAUUAUUCUUUAGCAUAUGAAACCGACAGGAAUGGUUAUCCUCUCCUCUGUUCAGCCGCUACUCGGGGUCAAGUUAAUGUUGCUCAAGUGCUUCUUCUCUAUUGCCAAGAUGCUUUUUAUUGCCAGGUACUCAGAGAUGGUACGGCAAUUGAAAAAAGUUUGACAUGCCUUCACAUAGCUGUACAGAACGGUCAUCUAGAGUUCGUCGAAUUUAUCUUGAAGAGGCCACAACUUCGGAAACUCAUUAACAUGCAAGACAUGGAUGGAAAAACUGCUCUACAUUACGCAAUCCAGCAGUGUGAUCCUAAACUUGUUGCUGCAUUACUGGCUUACGACGAUAUAAUAGACACAACAAUUCUCGACAACCAUGGUAAUUCAGCGGCUUCGCAAUUAUCGAGCAUCACUGAUGAUGACAAGCCUUUAGACUGGAAGGAAGUGCAGCUGCUUAUGCAAAAAGCUGAUCCCAACGAUGAUGACAUCUCAUUGUAUAAUCUAAGCAAGGGAGCCAAGCAACGGGAAACUAUUGAAUCAAGGAAGGAGAGGCAGUCACUAACUCAAAAAUACACAAGCAACACAUCACUCGUGGCAAUUCUACUUGCGACAAUAACCUUCACUGCUGCUUUCACUCCACCUGGAGGAUAUAGCACUGAUGCUGGAAGCGCAGGACUUCCCAUCAUGUCUAAACAGAUUGCAUUCCAAGCAUUCUUGGUCUCUGACACCUUAGCAAUGUGCUCUUCAUUUGUUGUGGCCUUCAUAUGCCUGAUGGGAAGGUGGGAGGAUGAUAAGUUCACAACUUAUUAUAUCUCAGUGACUAAGAAGCUUACUUGGUUUGCAUACAUGGCAACCAUUACAGCUUUUGCGACUGGUUUGUACACAGUGCUGGCCACGCGUACCCACUGGUUGGCCAUUGGGAUUUGCUCUGUGGUAGGUUUAGUGCCCUUUCUUACUAUGUUCAUAGCGAAAUGGCCUAUCUUGAAGCUCAAGUUUCGCCAAACUUGUCGUGGCUUGAGGCUCAAAUUUCGGCAACGCCAAACUGGCAAAUCCAAAUCCAAUGACAUGGUCUGAGCCGGACAGUUUGUUUUAUGGUUAUUCUUUCUGGUAAUAAUUUACAAUGUAUCUGUAAUGAACAUUGUUUGGCUACUCUAUUGCAAUGUUACUUGUUAAUUCAUUGGGGAAAAACAUUGUACAGUUCAUUCUUCCAUUCCGUUGGAUGUUCAUUUGAAAGACACCUCUAAUGGUGAUUAGCAUUUGAAAGGCGAGAAUGGACGUAGCUACAACAAACAUUUCUAUGAUAAACUCAAUACGGUUUAACAUAGCUACAGCCUACAAGUUGGAUGUUGAUACAGUUGAUCUAUUUUGAAACACCAGGACAACACAUAAUCCUGAAGAUAUACAACAGGCUAGGUAAACAAGAAAAAACAUGAUAGGUCUUACAAUCACAAAAAAAAACAUAUCUUGGAGCUUAAUUACCAGUGAAUGUCUGUUUGGACUGGAUGACCAAAAUAUAGUGUUCUUAUGAUGCUACCAGAUUAACCUGAUAAUUCCCAAGUGUGAUGGCGAUGCAUGUGGGUGCUGUUUACUUCCUUGGAGGCAUCCUUGUGUACAGUGUACUGGCGCUCCUCCCCUCCCCUAUGGUCC